ACACACACACACACACACACAGAGCAGCAUUUCCCUCCCCCAAACUUUGGAAUGUGUAAGCUUUGGACGUGAUUCGAUCUCUGGGAACUCCACACUGGAUCUGUGCGUGUGUGACCUGUAUUUUCCUAACUGGCGCUCUACAUGUUAGUUUAAUGCAAGAUACAGUACUAACUCUCAUGAUGUGCUUACUUAUCACCAACUCUUUAGAGUAAACGGUGUGUGUGUGUGUGUGUGUGGUAGUUGAAGAUUGGCUGUUGUGGUGUGGAAGUGCAUGAAGCAAGUCUGUGUGUGAUGUGGUGGUUUCAGCAGGGGCUUUGCUGGCUCCCUGCAGCACUGGUCAUCUGGUCUACGGUCACGUUUGUUCUCUCCUACUCCAUCACUGUGUUACUGGGACACACAGACCCAGUGCUGCCUUACAUCAGUGACACGGCCACACAGGUUCCAGAGCGCUGUGUAUUUGGGUUCAUGCUCUCCGUCACCUCGUUCUUAGGUGCAGCCACAGUCUAUGUACGGUACAAGCAGAUCCAGACAUUAACCUCACCAAGCGAACAUGUCCUGCACUUGCUCAAUGGUGUGGGCAUCAUCCUUGGUUUCAUCAGCUGCUGUGGGAUGUGCGUGGUGGCCAACUUUCAGAAAACAGACCUGAUUGGUGCACACCUGUUUGGGGCAGGGAUGACCUUUGCGGCAGGGGCGCUGUACAUCUUGGUGCAGACGGGCGUGUCGUACCGCAUGCAGCCCCGUUUCCAUGGAAAAGGCGUCCUGUGGUCGCGCACUGUGUUGGGCCUGUGGACUCUGGGCAGCAUGGUAACCCUGUUUGUGUCCUCCAUCAUCAUGUACGAUGAGGAGCCUGAUGUGGACGUGACUACCAAAGUGAGCUGGAUGCCCACAGAGUCGGGCUAUGUACCUCAUCUGGUGAGUGCUGCCGCUGAGUGGUCCCUGGCCUUCUCCUUCAUCUUCUUCUUCCUCACCUACAUACGGGACUUCCAGAAACUUCGUCUGCGUGUCCAGGCCAUCCUGCAGUGUAAUCACCUCUACAACUACGCCCACUAUGACGGACGAGUGCACGUUCACCAUGGAGAGCGCUCUCCUCUGCUGGCAGGCAGCAUCUAAGAUUUAGAUUCUAAGUAGCGUCCCCUGCUGGUGUGGAGUAGGAACAGCAGGUUUAGUCUGGAUUGGGUCAAUACACUGGGAUCUCUACAUCAUCACAUUGCACAUGUGCACAUGCACAGGCAUAUCAUGACCACAUGAUGAAGGAACUUUAUGGAGAUUGUGGUCUCCUCACUGGGUAGUUAUUCAUUCGCCCUGAGGAUCUCAAAGACCUCUGGUGAACUGUGAGAUUUCUGGUUUAAACCGAGCAAAGGCACAAACACAAAGGGUGGGUGGGCCGGACGGUGCAGGUUAAACCCAAGCAUUCAGUAAAUUGUAUGUACAAUAUGUAGUUCAUAUAUCUAUGCUCUGUUGUAAUAUCAGUAUUAGAAGCUUUUCUACAUUUGAUCUAAAAGGCUACACGGCUGUUAUUACUCUCUUUUUUUUUUUGUCAUGUAAGCGAGCUUGCCCGAGGAAGCGCUCAGAGAACACAUCUUAAUGAGAUGAAAGGCUUUGUUCUCAAGUCUCUGUGAUGCUGGCCUUGAAAAGAAAAGCCUCGCUUACAAAAUAUUUUUUUUCUUUGAAUUGUUGCUGACAUGCGUCAGUUCUUCCUUGAAAACAUGAGCUCUAAAGCCCACUGUCUAGGCUCUCGCUCUCUCUUAUCUGUGCCUUAAAGGCAGAUAAGGAGAUCCCAUAUUAAUGAUUACCACGGUGGCAGAGGAUGGGAGGGAGAGAAACAAGGAAAAUAGGAGGUGGAGAAAACAAGUGGUGUGGAAUGACUAAGGGAUAACAUGAUCUGCAUGAGAUAUUAUUUAUUUAAAAAUACACUGCUCAAAAAAAUUAAGGGA